AUGUGCAGUAACGGAUUAGAGAGGUUCCCUUCUCCUUUCCGCCCUUCAAAGAGAAGGCAGAGAUCAAAGAAAUGUAAGGUUCAGGUUAUUGGGCUCACCUGCAGGAGGUCAGGGUAUGAAGAAAUGGAGGGGAAAGACAUGGAGCUAAAGAACUUGAAGCUGUACUUAGAGAACCAAAGUAUUGUUGAAGAGAACGAGAAGCUAAGGAAGAAAGCUAACCUUCUUCACCAAGAAAACUUGGCCUUGAUAUCUGAAUUUCAAAAGAAAUUCCCUCAUUUGGAUCACUUCCCCACCACCCUAUUUCUUUUACACAAACACUAG